AUGAACAAACUAAUUACUAACUGGUUUAUGUGCAUAUCAUCUUCUACCCUUAUUCCUUUCGUUCCAAAAUCAACCACACCCCACGCUCCUUCCCGCAAACAAACAAAAAACAGCCAGAACUACCCCCCGUUAAUGAACUAUUAUCCAUAUCAUUUACUAGAUACUUUCUAAAACCUGGUAAUCGAACUUGACAGUCUUAAGAUUGACAAUGGGAUCAAGGAGCUCUUAAAAAUAAGGAGGAUAUGCCAAAGAGAUAUUACAACGUCAGUAGCUAACACUAUGAAGGAAACGGUUAGUGGUUGGUGUACGUAAUAUUUUGGGCUUGUGGCUAACUAUUCAGACAAGAAAAUGCGUUAAUGGCAAAUAAAUACGUUUCAGGUUGAAGUAAAUAUACACCUGGUUUAGAUAAUAGAGACAUUCACACGAGACCGACUUACCUCAAAUCUACCACGUUUGCAUGGUUGGGCAUACAUUUUAGAGACGUACGUAAAAACCAGUACACCAAUACAAUCAAAUUUGUCUGACUAAUAUCUGAUCAAAAAGCAAUUCAAUUUUACAGGCGUUUACUCCAUAUCAACUAUCAACGAAAGAAAACCAGCCCGUUGCUGCAAUAGCAGAUGAUGAAUUUGAAGGCGUUGUGAGCAAUUUUGAUGAUGUGCCAAAUCUUUCUGGGAAUCAGUUCAACGAAAUCGUUAACUUUUGCUUUCAAAAUCUCAGUACUGCCAAGGAUGUGGGAGAUAAAACUAGUGAAGGGCUGAUGUAUGCAACUCUUGGAAUGUAUUUUCUGGGUCAAUGUGAUUACAAGGAAGCCAUAAAAUAUAACGACCUUGCUCUCGAUAUUUUUAAAGAAUUGGGCAACAAGAGACAAGAACGAUAUACAUGUCAAUGUCUUGGUGAUGUUUUUCAAAGUGUCGGCAAUUUCAAGAAAGCCAUUGAGUACCAAAACCUGGCACUUAGUAUUGCAAUAGAGCUGGGAGAAAAGCCUAUGGAAGGUAUGGCGUCCUACGGUCUUGGAAAUGCUUUUCGAGGUUUGUGUAGUUAUGAAAAAGCAAUAGGCUACUACAACCGUUGUCUUAGUGUCGCCAAAGAUCUGGCUGACAAGGCAGUCAGAAGGUCAUUAGAAGGUGUUGCCCUUAGCAAUCUCGGACAUGCUUUUGACUGCCUUGGUGACUACAAACAAGCUGAAAUUUACCACAGGCGUCACCUUAGCAUUGCCAAAGAAAGGAGAGACAAGUCAGGAGAGGGAUACGCGUACACAGGUCUUGGCAACGUUUUUCAGUCACUUGGAAAUUUCAAGAAAGCCCAAGAGUUUUAUAGCUUAGCCCUUAGCAUUUCCAAAGAUGUACGAAACAAAAAUGCAGAAGCACAUGCAUAUUCAGGUCUAGCAAACGCUUCCCUCGACCUUGGAGAUACAAAAAAUGCAGUAAAAUAUUGUAAUCUGUAUCUUUCCUGUGCCAAAGAACUAGGAAACAAAAAUGAUGAAAAGGGUGCGUAUUGCACCCUUGGACAUAUUUAUAGCAGUCUUGGAGACUUCAAGAAGUCCAUAGAAUACUAUAAACGCCAUCUUGCUAUUGCCAAAGAUGUUGGAGACUUGGAAUCAGAAGGUGGUGCGUAUGGUGGUCUUGGCAGUAUUUUUGACAGACUUGGAGAUUUCGAUCAGGCAAUUUACUAUCACGAUCUACAUCUUGAUAUUGCUACAACAAUUAGAGAUAGAGAGGGAGAGGCAAUUGCAUAUGGCAAUCUUGGCAACGCUUACCUUAGUCUUGCUAAUUUCGAGAAAGCCCUCUACUACUUUGAACGCCGCCUUAGUAUUGCGAAAAAUCUGGGAGAUAAGGCAGGGGAAGGACGUGCAUAUGGACACCUCGGAAGCACUUAUCAACACCUUGGAGACUACAAGAAAGCCAUGGACUAUUACAGCUCGCGCCUCUCUAUUGCCCAAGAACUUGGAGACAAGGCUGGCGAAGGGGCUGCCUGUGGCUAUUUAGGUUCCAUUUCCCUGCUUCUUGGCGACUACACGAUAGCCAUUGAUUGGAACAAAAAACGACUCAGAAUUGCUGAACAUCUUGGUGACAAAGACAUGGAAGGUAAAGCAUACAAUGAUCUAGGACAAUGCUUUGAGAUGCUGAACGUUUUGCCUAAAGCAUUAGACAACUACCAAAGAAGCGUUAAAGUUUUCAAUCAAAUGAGGAGUCUUCUUCAGUCUCAAGAUAAAUGGAAGAUUGGAUUUCGGAACGAAUGUAACUGUGCUUACACAGGCCUUUGUAGAGCUUUUUUAAAACAAGGAAAGAUUGGUGAAGCUCUGGUUGCUGCCGAAGAAGGUCGGGCCCAGUCACUAGCUGAUUUCAUGACAUCUCAGUAUGGUUUUCAAGAAAGACAAACCGAAGAAAAGUGCCUAGACGAAGAAGAAUUCGGCAUGUUAAACAAUAUUUCAUCAAGCACGAUUUUUCUAGCUCUGUCAGAAAAUAAAAUAAAUAUCUGGUUACUGUUGAAAGAAAAACCUGUUAUUCACCGGCAGAAGACACUUUGCAGCCACUUUUCAGAAAAUGCAGCAGCUGAAGCAUUACAGUCCCUCAUCCAAUUUGCCUACAAAAACAAUGGUGUUCGUGCAAAUCUUAACUGCGAGAAUCGGUCCUUAGAUGUGUUACGAGAAAACCGCCAUAUUGUGGAGCGGUCAUCCAAAAAGUGCUCACAGCAAAUUCUCCAAGAGGAUAACCUUCCCCUAGCCGCCUUGUACAGCUAUGUGAUUGCCCCAAUGUUAGAUCUGAUUGAGGGUGAUGAGCUAAUAAUUGUCCCGGAUGGUCCAUUAUGGCUAGCUCCCUUUGCUGCAUUGCUGAAUCCUUUUUCCAAAUACUUGUGUGAAUCCUUCAAAGUCAGAUUAAUUCCUUCGCUGACAAGUUUGAAAAUUAUUUCUCAUUGUCCAAAAUUCCACAGCAGAAGUGGAGCUCUAGUUGUAGGAGAUCCAGACAUGGUUGAAGUUACUAACAGCCAAGGAGAUCAGAUCCUGGAGCAACUUCCUUUUGCCAGACAAGAAGCACAGAUGAUCGGGCAGAUUCUUAAUACGGCACCUCUCAUUGCAAAAUUAGCCACCAAAUGUGAAGUGCUAAAACAGAUUAGUUCGGUUGCCGUAGUACACAUUGCUGCACAUGGACACAUGGAAACCGGAGAGAUAGCGUUGAGCCCGAAUCCUGAAAGGAAAUCACAGACCCCUGCAGAAGAGGAUUACAUGUUGACAAUGGCAGAUGUGAUGAGUGUGAAGCUGCGAGCCAUGAUAGUUGUACUUAGUUGCUGUCACAGUGGCAGGGGAGAGAUUAAAGCUGAAGGCGUGGUCGGCAUUGCACGCGCCUUUAUUGGUGCCGGUGCUCGUUCUGUUCUGGUGUCCCUGUGGGCCAUCGAUGACGAGGCCACCUUGGAGUUCAUGAAAAGCUUCUACCACAACUUUGUUAAAGGGUGA